UUUGGGCUUGGGAUGGCCGCAUGGCAAGUGCAGUCUUUUUAGGGCGCUUGCUGCCAUUGUUGUUAGUGUCGCUUAGCUAUUGGGAAAAAUCCAAUAUUCACUGUACAAAAUCAAAAGCUUCAGCUUCUGCUUCUACUUCGUUUCAUCGGAUAUAGAGAGGGAAAGCGUCGACAAUGUUGGAGAGCAGAGUGGGAUGGCUUCUAAAGAGGGGAAGUAGAACCCUAAGAAACGUUGGAGCAUCGUCAACUAGGGUUACCACUGAACCUUCAUCAUCAUCGUCAUCUCACGGAUUCUUCUUGUAUGCUGCCUCUCGUAAGAAUGCGAUUUCUACUUCUGCAAUCGCAAGGAGCCUCGUUACGAAUGGCUUUAGAGCCCUUCAUCGUGGUCACCAUAAGGAUUUCUUUGUCCCAUCUUAUAGAACUAUGUCCACCUCAGUGUCAGCAGCCAUUCCAAAUAAGGAGGCAUUGAAGCUCCUUGUUACGGCGGGGCCCCGUGCUCAGAAAAUGAUUGGAAUAUGGCUUUUUACUUCUGCUGCCUGGGUAUUUAGCAUGGUAGUACUUGGUGGUGUCACGAGACUUACACGAUCUGGUCUGUCAAUGACUGACUGGAAGUUCACCGGUGGCCUUCCACCCAUUUCAGAGGAGGAAUGGCUGGUUGAGUUUGAGAAAUAUAAGCAAUCCCCUGAGUACAAGCGUGUUAAUAAAGGAAUGAGUAUUGAUGAUUUUAAAUUCAUAUAUUGGAUGGAAUAUGCGCACCGCAUGUGGGGAAGGGCACUGGGAAUCAUGUUUGCUCUACCAUUUUCAUAUUUCCUGCGAAGAGGAUAUAUUACCGUACGACUUGGUCUGAGGCUUUCUGCUCUGUUUGCCCUUGGUGCUGGACAGGGACUAAUUGGUUGGUGGAUGGUUAAAAGUGGUUUGGAGGAGCCAGCAUCUGAAUAUGCUGAGCCAAGAGUAAGCCCUUACCGACUAGCGGCUCAUCUAACUUCAGCUUUUAUAAUCUAUUGUGGCCUAUUUUGGACUGCUCUUUCUGUUGUCAUGCCUGAACCACCUGCUGAAUCUGUAGCUUGGGUGAGGGGAGCAGUAAAGGUUAAGAGAUUGGCCCUUCCUAUAGGUAUUCUUGUUGGCAUAACUGCUGUCUCGGGCGCAUUUGUUGCUGGAAAUGAUGCUGGUCGUUCAUUUAACACUUUCCCGAAGAUGGGUGAUACGUGGAUACCCGAUGAUGUUUUGAGCAUGAAGCCACUUAUGCGUAACUUCUUCGAGAAUACAUCAACUGUGCAGCUUGAUCAUCGUAUCCUUGCAACUGCAACUUUAGUUUCAAUAGGUGGCCUAUGGUGGGCAACAAGAAAAUUAGACAUCCAUCCUGCCAUCCGGUCUUUGAUUGGAAGCACUAUGGGCAUGGCUGCUCUUCAGGUCACUUUAGGGGUGUCGGCACUGCUGUCAUACGUACCUGUAUCACUGGGAACUGCUCAUCAGGCUGGGGCUUUAACUUUGUUAACGCUCAUGAUUCUACUCAAUCACACUGUGCGGAAGCCAUCACACUCACUUCUCAAGUCUCUACCUUCUGUUGCAAGAACAACCGCUAAAUAAUUUGAUGAGUGACUUUAUAGUUGGAAUGAAGCUCUGCUUCCUCUUCUCAUCUUAAGUCAUCAUCAAUUUUCAGUUGCCACAAGAUACAAAUAGGGAUGACAUUCGUUCUGCUUUCUUAGUUUCUUUCCUUUUGCAACAGUAUAAUGAGUUGCAAGUGUUGCAGGCUAGAAUGCAAUUGACUUGUGCAACAAUGAGACGGAGAAUUAGUCCAUAAAUAUUAAGUGCAGUGCCAGUAAGAGUGAGUGGUUAUGCCGAUUGAAAGGAAGGCAAUUUGGAUUAAUUGGAGAGGCUUGAAGGGUGAAAUUAGUCCCGGAGGCCAACUUGGAAAACCAUAAAUCAGAGACCCAAUUGGACCCAUAAAAAGAGGAAUUCUGACUCUUAAGUUGAAGUAUGUAUGUUUGUAUGUAUGUUCUUUUUGGUACAUUGGAGAAGAUUGGGGCUGAAUUAAAGCAAACCAGUGGUUCUUUUGGUAAUUGCUUUUUGUGCCUUUUUUU